UUUAAAAAGAGAGGAAAAUAGGGCCUAUCACACAUAAAAUGCAUUUAAGGUCACUUCUGUAUUAUUAAAUUGAUAGAAAUAAAAUUGUCAAACAAGCAUAAAACUUCAGACAUGCCUUGUUAUUAAAUAAAAAUGCUAACAUGCUGUUAUUUGCUCUGCUGUUUAUCAUACUAAAUCAGUUACAUCAGCAGACUACCUGUAAAAAUUUCUUCUUCAUUUCAUCAAAGAUAUUUUGUCUGCAUCUCCAAAACACAUCCUCUUUAGGGACCAGCUGGUUCUCCUCGCCGGGCACCAUCGCUCAGACUCCGGCCGCUCCUCUCCGCCCUGCCGGGGGUGGAAGGGUGGAGGGUGGCGGCGGCUCUGUCUCUCAGGAGAGAAUAGCAGCGGCAGUCAUCGCCUCCGCCGCCAGCGCUCCGGCAACCGCGGAGGCCUUUAGCUCCGGCCUUAGACACCAGCGCGCAGACACCGACCCAGGGCGCCGCCGCUGUCGCCGCCGCCGCCGCCGCCGCCGCCGCCUUCGUCGUCGGCCCCUCCUCCCGCCCGCUGCAAUCAAUGGAAAAAUGGCGGCGGCCGUUCUCGCGAGAAUUCGGACCGCCGGGCGCACAGCCCGGCGCCUGGCGCUUCAGGUGCGUAGCCACUUGUCGCUUGCUCCAGAUCACUCGCUUAUUCCUGACUCCGAGGUGCACAAGCUGGGUGUACCGUGCAAACGCUGUGCGUUAGAGGAAAGCUGCUCCUUCCGUCCUGGGACUCCCUCUGCCGGCAGGGGAAAGGCCAGGCCCCAGAGGCCCGCCCAGCAGGACAAGCCCGGAGCCCAAAGCCCGGUCUGUGAUCCCUACCGCCCCUCUCUUCUCGCUUCCUGUUUGCAAAGCUGCUCCUCAAAUACUCUUAGCCCUUGUGGUGAAGAAAUCACCGUGAGCCUUCCAGUCAGAAAGGACGGCGCUUCAUUUGUCUCCUGCCCUGCCCUUCCGCCUGGGAGGUCAAAUCCCGCCCUGGGGGACCUCAGGGCCCAUCUCCUGCCAGGGGAGACAGCACCCGGGACCCCGUGUAGCAUCUCCACCGUGGGGAGGGGUGGUCCCCAUCUCCGUUCAGAGGUGGCUUCCUUCCAAGAAACGUCCGGCCCCACAGCGCCCAGUCUGCGGAGGAGAGAGCCCCUGAGGGCACGGCUGCAGUACCUUCAACUUGUGAUCUUCUGUCAAAAUGUUUUUUAAAGAACUUUGGUCUCCUCCGGCAAAAGUGAGAGUUCCUGUUGCUCCAUAUUCUCACCAGAAUUUCCUGUUGUCAGUGUUUUUGAUUUUGGCCAUUCUGAUAGGUAUGAUGUG